AGAAGUCAUUUCAUAAGAGGUAGCACCUGACCCUUCACUCCUUAUAAACAGCCCACACUAUAGCUGUCAAAGACCAGCAUGAUGCACACUGUCUGACUUCCUUGUAGGGGGAAAAGCAGGAUGAGCAUUUACAAUUUUACCAUGGAAACAACCGAUUUUACUUUGAAUUACGGGUAUGACUAUGCAAACUACACGGCUGAUAACCUGACGGACCUGGAGGAGCAUUUUGUACACCCCAUUUGCUCUGGAGAGCUUCUGUGCCUGUUGCUGCUGGUUGUGAAUGUGAUCAUCAUCGUGCUGGGGAUUGUGGGAAAUGGUGUGGUGAUCUGGAUCGCAGGUUUUAAGAUGAAGAAAACUGUCAACACCACCUGGUACCUCAGCCUGGCUAUUUCUGACUUCAUAUUUUGUGCCACCUUGCCCUUCAACACCUUUUACAUAGCUACCUCUAACUGGACCUUCGGACUUUUCUUGUGCAGGUUCACCUCCUUCGUGAUGUUCCUCAACAUGUUCAGCAGCAUCUUUCUUCUCGUCAUCAUCAGUGUGGAUCGCUGCAUGGUGGUCAUGUUCCCUGUCUGGGCACAGAACCAGCGUACAAUAAGGAAGGCUUCAUUGAUAGUCCUUCUCGCAUGGGUUUUAUCAGUGUCCUUGAGUAUGCCGUCCACCAUUUUCCGUGACGUUCAGGAACAUCUAGGUAGAACCCGGUGCCAUAAUAAUUACCCUAACCAGCACAUUCACAAAUCUAUAGGCAUCUGCCGGUUUAUUUUUGGAUUCCUUAUACCUUUCCUGGUCAUCAUUGUCUGCUAUUCAGUCAUUAUCUUCAAGCUGAGAAGCAACCAGAUGACAAAGUCUACAAAGCCAUUCAAAAUCAUGACAGCUCUCAUCGGGACUUUCUUUAUCUGCUGGCUGCCAUACCACACGUUUGUGCUGGCUGAACUGAACCACAGCUUCUCCAACAUCAUCAUCAUGUUCGGGUUCAAGAUUGGAACCUCGGUCGCUUCAGCAAACAGCUUCCUCAACCCAAUUCUCUACGUCUUCAUGGGUAAUGAUUUCAGGCAGAAGUUUAAGAACUCCAUCCUGUCUAAGAUCGAGAAUGCCAUAGGAGAGGAAGGACGCACCAUGAGCCGCUACUUAUCCCGUUCCAGUUCUAUGGAUGCUAGAGCAUCGACUCACAUCUGAUUUGACCUGGAACUAUAAAACUGAUUGAAAGUCAGAUCCUGAUUCAUUUGUACAUACCGUAUUUCAAUAGGUCAUGUUCCGGGGGGAAAUAUAUUCUCUGAAUAAUCCUUUCGUCUCAAAGUGAUUCAGUUGUCACAAACCGCUUUACACAAAUCCAUAUGUAGAUUUAAAUCCCGAGUUAACAAGCCAUAGGGCAAUUAAAAUUUCCCUGAGACGACGUGAGGCAUCUUUCCCUGAGAUGGUAACCCAUCCUCCUCUGAGUGACACACCGGAUAAAAGGAUUAUGAAGUGUAGCUGGUUGGAUUUGCACAAGUAUUAUGAUACAAAGGCCUGGAAAUCAGCAGGAUUUGUUUACCAAGUUGUCAUAAAUUGUUGCAGUGAAUAUUUUACUUGAAGUAUUUCAGAGUGAGAACUGUAUGCAGUAUAUAAUUCAAGGUGAAGCACUUUCUUUUGUAUGUAUUUUGAGGAGUAUGUGUGACAAAGUAAUAACCUGCUAAUCCUGCUAACCGUUAGCCAAUUUAAUUUGUACACCAUUUUUUUUCUUAUUUUAAUUGUCCAAUGGUCAAUGCAUCAUCUGACUAAUAUGUUCUUGGUUGUGUCAAUGGCAAAAUGUAAUAAAACCAUAAA